UACUUCUUUUCUCACUCUCUCCCCAAAUAUAAUCAUGACAACAAGCAUAGAAAGCCUUUGGAUUUUUGCUUUAGCUUCAAAAUGCAAAUCUUUCACUUCUAUAAACUCAAUAUUCUUUGCAAUUUUUCUUAUUCUUAUAUGGUUAGUCAUGAACAUGAUUUACUGGGCUCACCCUGGUGGUCCUGCUUGGGGCAAACACACAUGGAAAAAAAUAGUGUCAAAUCCAAUUCCAGGCCCAAAAGGUUUUCCUGUUAUAGGAAGCAUGAACCUCAUGACUGGUCUAGCACAUCAUAAAAUAGCAAACAUGGCGAAAACUCUUAAAGCAAGUCGUCUCAUGUGUUUUAGCCUUGGUGAAACACGAGUCAUUGUGACUUGUAAUCCAGAAGUCGCGAAAGAAAUAUUAAACAGUUCAGUAUUUGCUGAUCGUCCGAUUAAAGAAUCAGCCUAUAGGCUAAUGUUCAAUAGAGCAAUUGGUUUUGCAUCAUAUGGGGUUUAUUGGAGGACACUUAGAAAAAUUUCAUCAAAUCAUUUAUUUUCACCUAAGCAAAUCAAAAUUUAUGAAAAACCAAGAUUUCAAAUUGCUAAACAAUUGAUUUCUAUGUUUGAAAAAAAUAGUCCAAAUGACAUUUUACGUGUUAGAGAUGGUUUAAAAUUGGCUUCUUUGAAUAAUAUGAUGUGUUGUGUUUUUGGUAAAAGUUAUGAUUUUGAUUGUUGUAAUUUAGAAACAAAAGAAUUGAUGAAGUUAGUUGAUGAAGGUUAUGAACUUUUGGGCAUGUUAAAUUGGUCUGAUCAUAUUUCUUGGUUAGGUGAAUUUGAUUUACAGAGAAUUAAACAGAGGUGCUCAGAACUUGUGCCAAAAGUAAACAAGUUUGUCAAAAAGAUUCUUGAUGAACAUGUGAAUCAAUCUGGUGAUUUUGUGGAUGUUUUGCUAUCUCUUCAAGGUUCAGAAAGAUUAUCAGAGAAUGAUAUGAUUGCAGUACUUUGGGAAAUGAUAUUUAGGGGGACUGAUACAGUGACGGUAUUGGUAGAGUGGAUAUUAGCCCGAAUGACGCUUCAUCCUGCUAUUCAAUCAAAAGUUCAAGUCGAGAUAGACAGAAUCGUUGGACAAUCACGAACCAUGACGGAGUCUGACGUAUCAGAAAUGAUCUAUCUUCCGGCCGUGGUUAAAGAAGUACUAAGGUUGCACCCUCCUGGUCCACUAUUGUCGUGGGCCCGCCUUGCAAUAACUGACACCACAAUUGAUGGUUAUCAGGUGCCAGCUGGGACCACGGCCAUGGUGAACAUGUGGGCCAUCACGAGAGAUGCAGAUGUUUGGGCUGACCCACUUAUGUUUAAGCCAGAAAGGUUUUUGAACGAGGCACAUAGUGACAUGGAUUUCUCGGUACUAGGGUCCGACAUGAGAUUGGCACCAUUUGGGUCUGGAAGGCGAUCUUGUCCCGGAAAGACACUAGGCUUGACCACAGUCACUUAUUGGGUCGCAACACUUUUGCACGAAUUCGAGUUUGGGCCCAGUAGUAAUGUUGACUUGUCUGAGGUAUUGAAGCUCUCUUGUGAAAUGGCCCACCCACUUAAGGUCAAGAUCCGAUCUAGACGUGCUCCUAAGACAAGCUAAAUGUGUUACAAUAUAUAAAGUGGAAACAUGGUCCCAAUAAACAAAAGAAGACCAUACUCUUUCUGUACAUAAUAUCUAGUUUUUGGUCAUCUUAAUGUUUGAUGGUAACGCUUCUGUUUUUA